CUUCCGGUCUUGGCAGACAUUUUUGUCGUUUGGAGGGACUGACGGAAAACAGCAACUCUGCACCGUUACGACAAGAAAGAUUUUUUUUGCUGUUUCAAACGACUGUCGCCUCAAAAGGAGCAAAUAUGUUCUACACAUGUGGACCCAAUGAAGCCAUGGUGGUCUCAGGCUUCGGCCGCUCUCCUCCACUAAUGAUCGCUGGAGGACGAGUGUUUGUCUUCCCGUGUAUUCAGCAGAUCCAGAGAAUCACUCUGAACACACUGACUCUAAAUGUGAAGAGUGACAAAGUCUACACCCGGCACGGUGUCCCCAUCUCUGUCACCGGCAUUGCUCAGGUGAAGAUCCAGGGCCAGAACAAGGAGAUGCUGGCCACCGCCUGCCAGAUGUUCAUGGGAAAGUCAGAGGCUGAGAUUGCCCAAAUCGCUCUGGAGACCCUGGAGGGCCACCAGAGGGCUAUCAUCGCCCACUUGACUGUGGAGGAGAUCUACCAGGACCGCAAGAAGUUCUCCGAGCAGGUCUUCAAGGUGGCCUCCUCUGACCUGGUCAACAUGGGGAUUGGAGUGGUCAGCUACACCCUCAAAGACGUCCAUGAUGACCAGGACUACCUCCACUCACUAGGUAAGGCCAGGACAGCCCAGGUGCAGAAGGAUGCCAGGAUUGGAGAGGCUCAGUACAAGCGGGAUGCUGUCAUUAGGGAGGCCCAAGCCAUGCAGGAGAAAGUGUCCGCUCAGUACAAGAACGAGAUUGAGAUGGCCAAAUCCCAGAGGGAUUACGAGUUGAAGAAGUCCGCUUAUGAUGUUGAGGUCAACACCAAGAAGGCUGAGUCAGAAAUGGCCUAUCAGCUUCAGGUGGCCAAGACCAAGCAGCGCAUUGAGGAGGAGAAGAUGCAAGUUCAGGUGGUGGAGCGCUCCCAGCAGAUCAUGCUGCAGGAGCAGGAGAUCGUCCGCAAGGAGAAGGAGCUGGAGGCCAAAGUCAAGAAGCCUGCUGAGGCCGAGAAGUAUCGUCUGGAGAGGCUGGCUGAAGCUCAGCGCCUGCAGCUCAUCAUGGAGGCUGAAGCUGAGGCCGAGUCCAUCAGAAUGAAGGGCGAGGCUGAGGCGUUCGCCCUGGAGGCAAAGGGCCGUGCUGAGGCGGAGCAGAUGGCCAAGAAGGCGGAUGCCUUCAAGCAGUACGGAGACGGAGCCAUGGUGGACAUGCUCCUGGAGAAACUACCACUGAUGGCAGAGGAGAUCAGCAAGCCUCUGUCAUCAGCCCAGAAGGUCACCAUGGUGUCCAGCGGCGGCUCGGAUGUGGGAGCUGCCAAGUUGGCCAGCGAGGUCCUGGAGAUCAUGACCCGGGUGCCCUCAGCUGUGGAGAAACUCACUGGAGUGGACAUCUCCCAGGUUACAGGACAGUCCCUGCGUGUGCACUAAGACGACGUGGAGCAUCACGCCGCCUCCCCUCUCCGUGCCUCAGUAACCACUCUGGUGACUCUUAUGCCAUCAAAGCGCAUGCAGGUGUGCCUCUACCGUGUCUCUGUCGUCUCUUCCGCCGCUGUUUCAUGUCUCUUGAUAAGUGCUGGUGUUUUAGCUACGUUUUUUUUUUGUCCAUAGAAGAUCUGUUUAGCUGGAAAUGGUUUAGUGUCUGCAUUGUUGCGCCUGAAACAUUUGUCUGUGCCUUUUCAUCAGCAAUGUGUGUGUUGGCAUCUGCUCCAUGCCCACCAGUAGCCUCUUAAAAUAGAUCCAAAGGUUAUCUUAUGCACCACACAUUAACUUAGCGCCAAACCUAUUCAAAGAGAGUAUUACUACCACACUGGGAAAAAAGCAUGACAAAGUUUGAAAAUUACACAAAAGUCAGAAUUAUACAAGAAAAAAAGUGGUAAUAUUACCAGAAUAGUGUCACAAUUGUACACGGGGAAAAGGUUGUAAUGUUACAAGAACAAAAGGCAUAAUAUUACAAUCGUCAUAAUUACGAGAAGAGAAAAAAGACAAUUGUUACGUUUAUGGGGGGGUGAAUAUUGCAAGACAGAUGCCAUUCUUUAACAAGUACACUUAAUAGAAGAAUCCACUUUGAUGAAAAAAUGCUCAAGUAUUGGAAUAAACUCAAUUACCAGAAUAAUGUGAUCCUUUUCGCCGUAAUAUAGUCCUAAUAUUAUCAGAAUAGAAUUAUGAGAAUAUCAUAACUAAAAUUGCCAAAAGUCGCAAAGUGAUGGGAAAACUGCAAGAAUAUUCUGCAUAAUAUUCCAAGAAUAAUGGUCAAUUUUUUUUUUUUUAAUUACCUGGGUAUUUGGAGACUAAAUUCCCCAGUUCUGCCUCCCGAAAAUAAUAAUUGUUAUAAUAUUGCAAGAUUUAAGGGGCAAUUUUGUGUGAAAAAAACAGUAUUAUUAAAAAAAAAAAGGGAGGACGCAUAUUUAGAGAAACAUCUGUCCCGACUACUGCAUUAAUUUUGAGCAUUUACUUAUUAAAAUUUUGAGAUUUUAGUCUUGUAAUACAACUAUUUUUUAGUGUAAAAUCACAACCUUAUUCUCGGAGGUGUUACUUUUUUGUCGUUUGUUUUUUCAAAGUGGCUGCAAUAGUAAUAAUGAUCUGGGUUUUUGUCUGGUGUCUGUGAUUGUUAAAGGAAGUGGGAUUUGUGGUUGCCAGCAAGAGACACGGUGGGUGUGUUUUGGGGACGGGAGUGGGAGGUCUUACACAGUUAAAGCAAAGGAAGUGUUGCUGGACGUCACCAUUGCUAACUACAGAUUGAACUGUCGUGUAUGUUUGUUAGCUUUGACUUAUUCUUCACGUUUGUAACGACGCUGACUAACAUUGAGGUCCUGUUACAUAGUUAGGAACUCGUAAAGUGGCAUGUCUGUCUUUUUUUGGUUUGUUGUAAUUUAAAAAAAAAAAAAGUUUAUAUGCUUUACUAACAAAUCAGAGCUGUAAUGCAUCUCGUUACCGUGAAGUGCCUGGUCAAGAUGAACUCCUAAAAAGCAAACAAUGUCAGACCUCUUGUGUUCAUCUUGUCGGGGAAUAUAUCACCUUCUAUCCAAGUGGUAUAAGCCAUAACGCUACCAUGUUAUUUGGAAUUUAACCCUUUAACUAAUCCUAUGUUUGUCACGUAAGAAGGACUGCUGCAUGUCUAGCCGCAAUAGUUAGUAUGAAAUGGUCAGCAUUUAUCUAUUAAUAAAGUAUGCUGUAUAAUUAGUGA